CAUUUUAUUUAUGACUGACUAAGGCAGCCCCACAGCGAUGAUGUAGAUGAAGAUGGUGAUGUUGACGAGCGGAGAUGGAGACGUCGGAACUGGGUUUCCGAGGCGAAAUAUUGCCAAAAAUCCGCUGGUGAGCGGAUGGAUAUAAAAACGAAAGCGUCCGAGAGGCAGACAAGCAGUUUAGAACCAAACUCGAACGCGACAUCAUGUAUUUGCUUGUGAAUUUCAUCGUUGCCCUGGCCGUCAUGAAGGUGCAGGUGCAGGCAGGCUCCUCCUACAUCCCGGAUUCGGAUCGGAACACACGGACCCUGCAGAACGAACUGCAGGUGGAACUGGAUGGCAACUACCGGUACGCCUACGAGACCUCCAAUGGAAUUUCCGCCUCCCAAGCAGGAUUGGGUGGCGUUUCCAUCCAGGGUGGCAACAGUUACACCUCACCCGAGGGCAAUGUCAUUAGUGUCAACUAUGUGGCCGAUGAGUUUGGCUAUCAUCCUGAGGGCUCGCAUAUUCCCCAGGUCCCCGACUAUAUACUGCGCUCCCUGGAGUACAUUAGAACGCAUCCCUACCAGAUAAAGGAUUACUAUACCGGCGAACUCAAGACCGUGGAGCACGAUGCGGCUGCCUUCAAUGUGUAUACCCGCAACAUCCAGGAGGCAACAACCCCAAGAUCCCGACCAAGCACCACUCCAAAGACCAUAUACCUCACCCAUCCGCCCACGACAACGCUACGACCUCUGCGACAAAGACGAGGCGCUUCGAAGCACUGAUGAUCGAUGGUCGAGAACUUUUGGCGGGGGAAGGGGCUGGUCUCUUAGGAGUCAAUCAGGCGAAUCUGUGAAUUUUGAUCUAAACAAUUAAUUAAGCCACAAGCAAUAAAUAGAGGUGCUAAGCAAACGUAAGCUUAAAUUUAAAACGA